CCGCCAGCCAGCCUGCUGGCCUGCUGCUGUGAACGCCUACACCCAAAACACGAUGAUGGCGCCGAUGCGAGUACUAGCUGGCCUCUCUCUGUGUCUCGUCAUCGUGGAUGGCUACAACGCAAAAGUACCCACCAUGUCAGGCGGGAACGGAGGAACACAACCAAGGGGGCGAUUCAUAGCGAAGGCGGCGUGCGCAGCCGCCUCUCUCACGGGCCUGGCAGUGGCGGCACCGUUCAUCGUGGGGAGCGACAGCGCGGACGGCGUGGCUGCCGUGGCGGCGGAGACCGCGAGGAACGUGGCGGUGGCUCCCGCCCUGGCCGAGGAAGCAUUGGGGAGCAAGCCCAGCUACGUCAAGUUCGACGUCCAGCUGUCCGAUGAGGAGUCGGGUUCUUUCGUGGUGGAAGUGCGCCCAGACUGGGCUCCUCUCGGCGCGGCGCGCUUCACCCUCCUGUCGAAGGCGGGCUUCUUCGAGGACUGCCGUUUCUUCCGGGUGCUCAAGGGAUUCGUGGCGCAGUUCGGCAUCAACGGCGACCCGGCCGUGCAGGCCAAGUACAGGGGCGCGGUCAUGCAGGACGACCCCGUCACCCAGUCCAACAAGCGGGGCACCGUGGUGUUCGCGACCUCGGGCAAGAACUCGCGGACCACCCAGCUGUUCAUCAACUUUGGCGACAACACGUUUUUGGACAAGAGCGGGUUCUCGCCAAUUGGCAGAGUUGUGGUGGGCAUGGACGUUGCGGAUAGGCUGUACAAGGGUUACGGGGAGGGGGCCCCGCAGGGCAACGGGCCAAACCAGGGCAAGAUCCAGAGCCAGGGUAACGCCUACCUCAAGGGGUCGUUCCCGAAGCUGAGCUACAUCAAGUCCGCGACGUCCGUACCGCGCCCAGCUGAGGGGGACUACUAGAUACUGCUGUUAGCUGCUAUCGCGUAUUGAGCGCGGGGUUUUGAGGUUGUAGUUCGCGAGGAGAUAUUAUGUGUGCCGUGCCUGCGGGGCGGUUGUUGCAGCUCACUCGCCGGACGUGCGUUGUGCUUUUGUUCGAGACACUGCCGCCGCCGCCGCAGAGCGAUUUUGUGGUUGGGUUGAUGGUGAGCUUUUGAGAUCCACCUGUGCCAGCGACGUGUUUCGGGGGUGGGUGUGAUCGCCACUACAAAGGGUGAGUGGAAACUUUUUAGGCAUGGUUGGUGUAGUGCCUUCCAGGACCAAGAAAAAUGCGCGCAUCGAAAGGUUGCAAGCCCUUGGGCUGUGGUUGCAUGCUGAUGUCGUGCACCGCCCUGUCGACACUUGAUGCGCAUGCCAUGGAUGAGGACUACAAGGCAAGGAAGGGCGAAAAAGAAGGUGCGGGCUCGGGUCGAACUGGCGCCAAGACCUGGCUUGGCUGCACGCUCACCUCGCGCGCUCCGUGCCAUAUGUUUGUCGGUGGCAAGCCCCACGCCAUGUAGUCAUUCGCGUCAGGGACAGUCGGUUAGAUGUUGGCGUACACACGGAUGUCAGUGCACUCGGCGAAGAUUCAUUCUUGUUCCAUUCUUUGCCCAGCCGAACGAAGCCGUAGAACUCUACUGUGGGCUACUGCUGUGUAUCAUUGCCCGCGCAACUUCGGUCAGUGUUUGCAUGAUGGAUGGGUGGGUGGUGGAGAGAAAUGGUUCCUGGCUACCCAACCUGCCUUACCCCCGGCCUUUUUUGCGAGUGCCAUCCGCGCCGUGAACUUACUGGCGGUGUGGCUCUGUGAUCGAAUGUUCUUGGAUUUGGCAGGCUCGGAGUCAGCCAAUGGUGAGUCGUUGGCAAUGCUCGUUUGGUUCCCGCGGGCGGCCAAUGUAGGGGCCUUCGGAAAGAUCCCAGCCCUUCGCAGCAUCCAGUCGAGUAUUAAACCUCGCUUUAGGCAGAAGACUUCAGUACAUGUGUAGAUGGACAGAUAUAGCACUAGGCAG